AUGGCCUUGAGAACAGCAGGAAGUGUGUUGGUGGUAUUUCUCUGGUCUGUGACAGUGGUACUGGGUCAGGAUGGCUGGAGUGUUACAUACACCACUCAGAGUAUCUGUACCUUGAAGGGGUCAACAGUGGAGAUGUCCUGCUCUUACACAUAUCCCAGUGGAACAGUAACAACUACCUUCUGGUUCACUAAAAAUUAUGCAGGGGGGAAUCCUGUGAGUCUGAGUGAUGACCCAGACUAUAAAGGACGUGUGACGUACCAUAGAGAUAUGAAGAAUGGCCACACCCUGAGAAUCACAGACCUGAGAGAGAGUGAUUCAUCUACGUACAUGUUCAGCUUUAUAACAGAUCAGACCAGAUGGAAAUAUACUGGCGAUCCUGGAGUCACUCUGUCUGUCACAGGUUUUCAGGUGGAGGUGACUCCUGAACAGUAUUCAGAGUAUAAGACACUGACCUGUAUCACCACCUGUACUCUGAGUAACCCCAACCCCAUCUAUAUCUGGUACAAGAACGGACAACAUCUAGAUGAGAGCACCUCCCCCCAGUACAAAUACUCAGUCUACAGUAACUAUGAAGACAGCUACUCCUGUGCUGUAAAAGGCCAUGAGGAUCUCCUCUCUCCUGCAGUGUGUGUUCAGGGUCAGAGAUGCAGCAGAGUGACUUACACCAAGAGGAGAAUCUGUGUCUUAAAGGGGUCAACAGUGGACAUAUCCUGUACUUAUGUUGGUUAUUAUUACACCACAUCAUCAUUCUGGUUUAGAAGUGAUACGACGACCCCUGAAGACCUAACCACAGACCCAGGGUAUGCAGGUCGUGUGAAGUACCCUGACAAAGUGACUGGAACAUACGAAGGUCUGUCCACCCUGAGAAUCACAGAUCUGAGAGAGGAGGACGCAGCUGAGUAUCGCUUCACUUUUAAAACAUACAACUUUGAAUGGUGUCAUAGUUUCCCAGGAACAACUCUGUCUAUCACAGAUGCUCCAAAGAACACCUCAGUGUCAGUCAGUCCCUCUGGUGAAAUAGUGGAGGACAGUUCAGUGACUCUGACCUGCAGCAGUGAUGCCAACCCACCUGUGGACAAAUACACCUGGUACAAGAAGAAUGGAGCUUCACUGACAGGAUCUGAAAAGACCUUCCUCAUCACCAACAUUAACUCUGAGGACAGUGGAGAAUACUACUGUGAGGCUGAGAGUAUAUAUGGGAGUCUCAACUCUUCUUCUGUGUCUGUGGACGUUCAGUAUGGCCCAAAGUACACCUCAGUGUCAGUCAGUCCUUCUGGUGAAAUAGUGGAGGGCAGUUCAGUGACUCUGACCUGCAGCAGUGAUGCCAACCCACCUGUGGACAAAUACACCUGGUACAAGAAGAAUGGAACCUCACCAAAAGCAUCAGGACAGAGUUACAGCAUCACUAACAUCAUCUCUGAGGACAGAGGAGAAUAUUACUGUGAGGCUGAGAAUACAAUAGCAUCUAUGAACUCUACUACUCUGAAGAUCAUUGUAGCAGGGAAACAGACCUCAGUUCUGACUGCAGCUGUAGGAAUCAUAGUGGUUGUUCUGGUUCUCAUCCUCUGUCUCUCUGGACUCAUGUGGUUCAGGAAGAAGGCCUCCACAUCCACCUCCAACACAAGAGACACAGCAGAUGAUGGACAGGGAGACUCUAGUCCAGUGUAUGACAGCAUCUCAAACAUGGUCAUGACCUCUACUGCAGCACAGACAGCAGCCACAGACGACCAGGAUGAUGUUCACUACGCCAGCGUCCACGUCUCUCAUUCCAAAAACCAGGAAGUGCCUCUAUACUCCACCGUCCAAGUGCCUCAGUCCCAGAAAGAGGAUGAGGAUGUCCAGUACGCUGCUCUGAAAUUCAACCUCCCAGUGGUGCCACCUGCAGCACAAUCAGCUGAGGAGGACUCCUCUGUUCUCUACAGUACAGUCAACAAACCAAGAAGACCUGAACACAACAAACCCAGAACCAAGAAGACCCGAACACAACAAACCCAGAACCAAGAAGACCUGAACACAACAAACCCAGAACCAAGAAGACCUGAACACAACAAGUUUGACAAAAACCUUGUAUAUCUUGACCUGUAUAUUUAAACUAAGUGAUAUAAUGCCUGUGGAGGUGUGGAAUAUUGACCAUUAUAAACCAGGUGGUUUGAGCCGUGAAUGCUGAUUAGCUGAAAGGCGUGGUACACCAGACCGUAUACCAUGGGUAUUUAAAUUUGUAUUUACUGGUCUAAGUACAUUGGUAACCAGUUUAAAAUAAGGCACCUCGGGGUUUGUGGUUUGUGGCCAAUAUA